AUGGGUAAUAACUAUUAUAUCCAUCAUUUCAAUGUUUCAAACAUACAGAGCGAAAUUAAGAUCCUAUCGGUUGAAUUCAGAACCCUAGAAGAAACCCAAUUCUCAACAAUGAUUGAACAAGAAUUUCGAAAUGCAUACGAAAUGUUAAAAAAUACUUUCCCAAUUCAUAGAACUAAAAGAUGGGACUCAAUAGGAGCCGCUUGGAAAUUCAUAGCAGGAAGUCCAGAUGCCAAUGAUUUGCGUCUGAUUAAUUCCACACUAAACGAAUUGAUAAUUAAUAAUAAUGCUCAAGUUAAAAUAAAUAAUGAUCUUACGUUUCAACUAACAGAUACACUGAAACAAAUCAAAGAAGCACUUAGACUUUCGCGAGAUUCCUCAAUAGAUUUCUAUUCUCUCAACAUUCUCCUAAACCUCAAAUACUUAUCAGAAAAAUUAAGUCUAGUUACAGACAGCAUUGCUCUAGCAAAAUUAGGUAUAACGAAUCCUCGCAUAUUGAAUAGAAAUGAAAUAGACUUAUUAAUUAAUGACAUAAAAGAACAAAAUAUUCCGAUUCAAACAAUCUCUGAAGCCUUAUCAUAUACGAGUACAAAAAUAGCUACUAACAAGGAUGAAAUGUUAUUCAUAAUAAGUUGUCCAAAACUAACAAACGAUGUAUACAAAAAAAUUGAAUUGUAUGGUGUAACGAAUAAGAAUAAGAAAAUCGAUGUUCCCAAAAAGUUUUACCUUUCCCUACAAUCCCAAUUCUUCAUUGUACCAAACGUCGACAAGAAUAUCUACGAUUCAAAAGAGUUGCAAGAAGACAACGGUAAAUGCGUCCCAGCUCUUUUACGAGGACAACCAGCAGUAUGUGACUUCAUAGCGAACCCAGCAAUGAUCGAAAUCAUUCAUCUAGACAUGGCUCACAUUUUGAUCAACUCAGCAGUGGAGUUCACAAUUAAAACCACAUGCGGUCUAAAAAGGAGAAACCUGACAGGCUCGUUUCUCCUAUCAUACGAAUCAUGCAACAUAUUCCUGAAUGAGGAAGAGAUUUCGAGCAACAAAACUGAACUACAUGGAUCACCGUUGAAUCUUCCUAUCUACGAACUCAGAAACGAGAUGCACCAAAUUCGAUUAGAAUCCAAGAGCUUCACUUGGACCGGAUGGUCUAUUACCAGCUUAGUAAGUACACCAAUAAUGCUGAUGAUCGUUAUCUGUAUAUACUUCACUACAAAGAUGCGGAAAAGAACAAUCAUAAACAUCCAUGAAAAACCAACACCUAGAACUGCAUCAUCGAAAUCCCAAGAUAGUGAACCCAACGUUGAAAACUUUCACCCGCCAACUAUUAUGGAAGUUUUUCGGACGGAGCCUCAAAUUUAAGGAGGGGCAAGUUAACGCUCGUCGCCACAACCCUUCCACCGGAUGUACCCUUUCCUAUGAUAUCUACCUGAAGAAUAGGCUACAGAUACAUAAACAUCCGUUCAGGUGCAAGACAUGAACAUCAUCCAGACAUCAACAGCCUAAAAUGUCCUUCACAUCCAGCCAGCAUACUGUUGUAAAACAAUUCACCAACUAUCGCCAUGCACCUUUACCUGGUCAUCUGUAUCCUGGCUAUUCAGAUACAUGCAUCCCUAGACCCGUAUUGGAAUUCCCUGAUAAACCGUCUAACAUCAGGUACUCCAAGCCACCAUCAAGCAAGCAGCGAAACAACGAAUCAUUAACCCUUCCAUCCUGCUUCCUCAUAUUGUGAAAUAGAAAUAGUUUAUUAUAUUUAAGGACGAAAUUUAGAAAUACAUUCACUCUCAGUUCAGCUCUUAAACAACAACGUUACUCUGUCCGAGGAAUCCGAAUCCAACCCCAACCCCCGUGUUUGUUAACUCG